CGAGCGCCACUCCACUGCUACUACGACUGCGCCGCCUGGCGCCUGGUAGAACGCUAGAAGUAACUUGGAGCUAGCCAGAUUGGCAAAGCUUCGGCGAGCCGCGACAGCGAGCGGAGACGUGUGGGCGUCUCCUCGAUCGAUCGGCCGAGAGGACGGCAUGGAGCGCGACUGCCAGUUCAUGGUGGUGCCGCCACGGCACCCGUACGAGGAUGGCGGCGGCCAUUUCAUGCACCACCAGCUGAUGGUGGCCGGGGACCACGACCCCGCCGGCGCGGGGCGCGGCGGCGGCGGGGAGAGGAAGCGGCGGUUCACGGAGGAGCAGGUGCGGUCGCUGGAGACGACGUUCCACGCGCGGCGGGCAAAGCUGGAGCCCCGGGAGAAGGCGGAGCUGGCGCGGGAGCUGGGCCUGCAGCCGCGUCAGGUGGCCAUUUGGUUCCAGAACAAGCGCGCCCGGUGGCGCUCCAAGCAGCUCGAGCACGACUACGCCGCUCUCCGCGCGCAGUACGACGCGCUCCACGCCCGCGUCGAGUCGCUCCGGCAGGAGAAGGUCGCGCUCGCCACCCAGUUGGAUGAACUGAAGGGGAGGCUGAACGGGCGGCAAGACCAGCAGCAGCAGAGCGGCAGCUGCGAGGUCAACGGGGCGGAGGCGGCCGACGACAGGAGGAACACUAAUAGCGCCAGCUGCGUGGUGGAGGACGACGGCGCCGUGACGCCCGCGGUGGACGUCUCGGAGGAAUCGGCGGCGGCGGCGACCGCCGAGUACUGCUACGAUGACCACGUCGCGUACGGGGGCCUGCCCGAUCCCUUCUGCACCACGCCGGACCUGUGGGAUACAUGGCCGCUGCUGGAGUGGAACGCGGUCGCAUGAACCCCCGCGAUGCAGGAGGAUAUUGUAGUAUUCGUGUACUCAUGUCUCUGUAUGAUAGCGUACCAGUGGAUUCAUGUUGCACUCCUAGCUAAUAGAGUAGCAAGUGAUCAGCUGAUCGAUCCGUGGAGACAUCGGCGGGAACAGAACAGGAAACUGGCCAGACCGGGGAUUCAGAUUCCGACCGGCGGCCGGCUGGCCGGGGCACGUAACGAUCAAAGCUUCGUGCAUUGUACACCGGGGAUCGACGGGUCGAUCCGUCGACUCCUCGACGGCGUUCAGCACUUUUAGGAUUCAUGUUUCAGAACC